UGGACUAUUCUCGGAUAAGCGGAGAGAACCCAGCGAUUGUCGACAUCGUUCAGCAUUUGGUGGAAUCCAGAUACAAUCCACAAGCCGCAGCGGAGAAGAGAAUAAAAAGGAUGCCAUCAUGUCGUCGUCAAGAAACUUCGAAGGAGAUAGAUCUAAUUCUCCAGGCAAACCGAGCGAUAAUGCCAACAUUGUUAAUGCAGCCAAGAAAGAGAAUAAUCAAGAAACCUCCAACGAGACGACGACGGUGAAAGUAUUACCGGAAGUGACACCACUACGCACUACGAAUAUAAGAAAGACAAGCAUAUCCAUGCCCAGCAAACUCAACGAAAUGGACGAUCUUCGAAUAGACAGACAAAAUGGUGCCGCUUCGAAAUUUACGAGAGACGAAAGCGAGACCAGCAGCAGCGUGACUUUCAGUAACAGUGGCUCUACCCCGAAUGGAAGUCCUCUGGGAUCCGAAACCGAAGAGGAAGCAAAUGAUGAAGAAUUGGCUAAAGUGCCACUGCAAGCUCCACCGCGAAGGAAAGGCAGAAUCGUAUCAUCCUCGGUCAAUGAAAAAAUGGCGAACGACACUACGGAACUUUCGGGUGUACAAAGCGCGACUUCCACAAUAACCAGCGUGAAUAGCAUCAGCAGUCUUUUAAAGGAGAAAUUGCAGUUAUCUUUACCACAAGCAUUGCGCAGCAGUGCAAGACGUCAGAAUGCUGAUUAUAGGCUUAAAGCAUUUGUUGGUAUCUUGUUCCUCUGCAUCGUUUUCCUUGUGGGCUUCGCUCACAUUUAUUACACUCAGCAUGUCCUACAACGAGCUUAUUUUGAGAAAUUUAGAUUCAAUAAAAACGAAAGAGUGAUGAGAGUCUACAGCAGUACCGGAGCGGAGAUCAUUGCUGCUCGGCUUGGUGAGGGUAUUCCACCAAACACAGGGGUGUAUCCUUGCCUUCCUCAUCAUCAAAGACAAGACUCGGUCUGCCUUGAGUGGCUACAGCAAACGCGGCUUUACCUCGCGCACACGAAACGCGAGGGUAUGUACUGCUACCACGUCACCUGGCAAAGUCUAAGUCCUUACUACAAUCCCAAGGACUGCUUCGACUGGUCUUCGAAGAGAGGCCAUUGGUAUGGCGCCGGACAGAUACAGAACAUGGUGUAUCCUCUGGAACGCGGCCGCCUAGAACUGAGCCCGUUUAUCACGGGCGACGUGAGGAAACAUCCGUUUGGCAACGUUCUGAAGAGAUACUUCCUAAAUUCAAAGGGUGCUACAAUCUUGGUGGAUCCCGAAACACCGCUUUAUGUCUCAAUCAACGCUAAUCGUACCAACGACUUUUGCCUUCAGGCAAAACAUGACGCCUUUGCUUAUAUUAAUCAUUUGACGCCGCUACCUCAGCUUAACUACACUAUCUGCGCGACCGACAACAUGAAGAGUUUGCACUCCUCGAUGGCGGAGAAGUCUCUGUGGGACGGUUUGAAACCCGAUGAACUGCACGCCGUUCAUUCUCUGUUGUCCGAACCAGUUUGGCAAAUCUCGCCCAUCAACGAGGCGGCCAUUUACAACUAUACAGAAGAUGUGAUCGCGCUGGGCUUCCUUCGUCAAGGGCAUGUCCUGUUGAGUGAGGAAUGGCAGCCCAAUCCAGGUGAUUUUGUCUUAGACGAGGAACGAUUUCCUUCUAUGGAGGAAACUAUCAAUAUUAUUCAUCGCAGAGGAUUUAGAAUAGUCUUCAGCAUCCAGCCGUUUAUCUCUACAGAAUCCAUCAACUUCAAGGAUGCUGUCGCUAAUAGAUUACUGAUCUCCGAGAGAGGAAGCGAUCCUAGGAUUCCAGCGUUGACAAGGUACAAGCAAAGUAACAGCGCCGGCGUGCUCGACAUUACAAACAACAAGACCUUACCGUGGCUGCAGACUAAGCUCGAGAGCCUUAUCAUGAAAUACCAUGUCGACUCGUUCUACCUCGAUCUGGGCACUGCCCAGGAUAUGCCGCAUUACUACAAAUGCGAGCAGCCUCUCACCAAUCCUGACCAUUACAAGACCAUCUUUACCCGUUCGAUAUUAGGUACCAUACCCGUAAUCGGCGUUUCAAGCGCUAUUUCCAGACCACGGGCACCUGUCUUCGUGUCUCUGCCUCCCUUCCCGUCGUCCUGGAAGGCCAUCACGACCGUCAUUCCCACCGUUCUCAGUUACGGCAUGAUCGGUUAUCCGUUCAUUAUGCCAGGAGCGGUAGGCGGCGAUGUGGCACUCCCGAUGUCAGACAACAAUCCAGAUAAUGACUACGAAGUAGAUCUGCCGGAUAAGGAACUCUACAUCCGCUGGCUGCAGCUGUCCACCUUUUUACCCGUGAUCCGCUUCACUUAUCUGCCAAGCAAGUACUCAGAUGAGUCGGUCCUGGAAAUCGCCAAGAGACUAACUACUUUGCGGCAGAAAACGGUUACGCCAUUACUGAAAAAAUACGCGAAUGAGACUCUGGACACUGGUCUACCUAUUAUCAGACCACUCUGGAUGCUGGAUCCGGCCGAUCCGGCGUGCCACGUAGUGGUCGAUGAAUUUUCCGUAGGCGAAGAGUUGAUCGUGGCGCCAGUGCUUUAUUCCGGUAGUAGGCAGAGGGAGGUAUAUCUGCCGGCUGGAGUCUGGAGGGACGGUAUCGACGGAAGCCUAAGGAAGGGCUCAAGAUGGAUUCACAAUUACAGAGUAGCUGAGGAUAAGAUCGCAUAUUUCGUUAAAAUGCCAGACAAUACAAGAUUCUGAAAAAUACGAUGUCACUUCACCUUUUUUACAUCAUGCGAUGCAGGAUAAUGUUGUCAAAGAAUUUUAAGAUCGAUGACAAGGUUUGCUCGUAUGCAAAAUGAAUCAUCACGACGAACGAUGUUGUACGAUCGAUUUGUCAGUACGACGAAUACUGAUCGCUUAUCUACAAAUUUUGAUCGAUUCGUCUUGAUCCUUUAUUAAAUAUACAAGAUGAACUUGUUCUUCGAUAAGUCCCAAAAGUGCAGAAAAAUAAUCGUGCAUAAACAAAUAUAUAUUAUUGCGUUUAAAACGACAAGAAUUUUGCAAAUGCGAUAAUGUAUUAAAUAAAUGUAUUAAAAAAUUGCGAUUAUAUUAAAUAGAUAUAAAAUCAAUAUCGUGAUCUUUGGCAGAGUGCAGCAGGAUUAUUAUGUAGGGAUAAAUACUUAACGGCAUGUAAAGCCAUGUUUAGGAGAGAUUUAUACGUACAUUAGUUGAGAAUGCAAUAUUUAACAAGAAUAUGUCGAAAAGAUUUGACAAUAAAAGUAUCCAAUGUUACUGUAUUCUACGGAUAUGAGAUUAUUGUAUCAACACUAGUAUUAUAUAUUACAAUGCAUAUCAUAGAUCAAAUAUCAAUACACACAUUAAAAAAACAAGAAUCAAUUGUAGAUUUAACUUAAGCUGUCAAU